CCGAAACAAAAUUCAGCGAGUCUAUGGCGGAGCGCUCAGUCGGUGUUUUAACUUUAAAAUGAAAAUAACUUUUAAAAUUUAAAAGUAGUCGCGUGUAUGCAAAUGCAAGGACAAGCUAAAUGAAAUAAGUUAAGUGCUAGGAAGUGCAUUCUAUGAUACAGGACUUGUUUAACAAAGUGCAACCACAGCCGCGGUGUUAAAUGCAGAUUGUGUUUGAAACAAUUGGAAAGAAUAGAACGAAUGGGAGCGUGAACAUCUGUCAGUUUGCGGUUGCGCUGCUUCUUCCUUUCGUCGCCACUGUGCAUUAUUGUUGUGUUUUGUGCUGUUUUGUGUUGUUUUUACGCGCAACGUCUUUUACUGCCAUCCACAUUAUGCCGUACGCAACAAACAAAUGCGGGCAGUAAAUGUAUAUAAAUUAAUAAAGUGUAUUUAUUUUCAAAAAUCGCAUCCACAUAUUAAAUUUGAUCAAAUCGUCUAAAUACAAUCACACGCGCUAUUCACAUCACACAGUAACACAAGUGCCAAAUUUUUUUUAACGCAACUCUGCCAAAUUUUACACAGGGAAAACAAACAAUUCGUCCAAAACAAGAAACAAAAAAACCGCUAGCGUAUAAAUAAAAUAUAUUUUGUGCGCGCACGGUUCAAUCAUGGGAAUAUACGCGUUUAUAGCAUUUAUAAAGCAGCUGCGUCCCGUUUACAUCCGCUAAAUGAAGAGUUAUAGUGAUUACCAUAUUGGCACCCCUCCCAGUAGCACUGCAACCGCAUUGGAGCAUCACUUGGAACAGUAUAGCCCUACAGCUAUUAGCACCUUAGCCAACGGCCAUCAUCAGCACUCACCAGCACAACAGCACCACCACCAGCACCACCAGCACCAGCACCACCUGCUACAUAGUCACUCACAGCAUUUGCUCGACCUCAACGAUUCGUUAUCACCGCCCUCUUCAAUACAAUCACAUAACGCUGCAGCCGUAUCCGCCGCUGCAACGUUGCCACAGAUGCCUCACUUUGGACUUGGUGGAGGUGUAGGUGGCGCCUACGCACAAACACCACCCAGCCCACCAGUGCAUCACGCCGCUGGCGGAGGUGGUUUGAUGCCACCUAAUUCGCCACAUCAUCAUCAACAACAGCAACACCAGCAGCAGCAACAGCAUCACCUGGCGAUGUUGCCGCGUGGCCUAACUGCUGGAGGCGGGGGUGGCGGUUGUGGACCACUCAUGUCUACAGGCCUAAAUUCCAAUACGGUUGGUGUGCCAUAUCGGCCACAUAUUGAAGAUAAAAAACUGACACGUGAGGCGAUGGAGCGGUACAUGCGAGAACGCAACGAUAUGGUCAUUGUAAUCCUGCAUGCGAAGGUAGCCCAAAAGUCAUAUGGCAAUGAAAAGCGUUUCUUUUGCCCACCACCUUGCAUUUAUCUCUUCGGCAGCGGUUGGCGUCGUCGCUACGAGGAAAUGUUGCAGAAGGGCGAGGGCGAGCAUUGCGCGCAGUUGUGCGCCUUCAUCGGCAUUGGCAGUUCGGAUCAGGAUAUGCAACAGCUCGAUUUGAAUGGCAAGCAAUAUUGUGCCGCCAAAACGCUGUUCAUAUCCGAUUCGGAUAAGCGAAAACAUUUUAUGCUCUCGGUGAAAAUGUUCUACGGCAAUGGCCAUGAUAUUGGCGUAUUCAAUUCCAAACGCAUCAAAGUCAUAUCGAAGCCAUCGAAGAAGAAGCAGUCGCUCAAAAAUGCCGACCUAUGCAUAGCGAGUGGCACAAAUGUGGCGCUUUUCAAUCGCUUGCGCUCGCAAACGGUGUCGACGCGUUACCUGCAUGUGGAAAAUGGGCAUUUUCAUGCGUCCUCGACGCAAUGGGGCGCCUUCACGAUACACUUGCUCGACGAUAACGAAUCGGAGUCGGAGGAAUUUCAGGUGCGCGAUGGCUAUAUUCAUUAUGGCGCGACGGUAAAGCUGGUUUGUUCAGUGACGGGCAUGGCGCUGCCACGGCUCAUCAUACGCAAGGUGGAUAAGCAAAUGGCGUUGUUGGAGGCCGAUGAUCCGGUGUCGCAACUGCACAAAUGUGCGUUCUACAUGAAGGAUACCGAUCACAUGUAUCUCUGCUUGUCGCAAGAGAAGAUCAUACAAUUCCAGGCGACGCCCUGUCCGAAAGAGCCAAAUAAGGAGAUGAUUAACGAUGGCGCCUGCUGGACAAUCAUCUCCACAGAUAAAGCUGAAUAUCAGUUCUAUGAAGGAAUGGGACCUGUGGGUUCCCCUGUCACGCCAGUGCCAAUUGUGAAUUCGCUCAACUUGAAUGGCGGCGGCGAUGUGGCGAUGCUUGAACUGAGCGGCGACAACUUUACGCCGCACUUACAAGUCUGGUUCGGCGAUGUGGAGGCGGAAACCAUGUACCGCUGCACGGAGACGUUGUUGUGUGUGGUGCCUGAGAUUUCACAAUUUCGUGGUGAAUGGUUAUGGGUCCGCCAGCCAACACAGGUGCCCAUCUCGUUGGUGCGCAACGAUGGCAUUAUCUAUGCGACGGGACUGACAUUCACCUACACACCCGAACCUGGACCACGACCGCACUGUACACAAGCCGAGGAUGUGAUGCGUACACGCAACGCAGCCGCAGCGGCAAGCAACAAUAACGGCAAUAGCGGUGCUAGUAUCGGUGUUGGCGGUAUCGGCGGCAACAACAACAAUUUAAGUGGUAUGAGCAACAACAAUAACAAUACGGCGCAUUCACCCAACGACGGUAGUGGUGGUGGCAGCAGCGGCGGCGGCGGUGGCGGUGGCGGUGGUGGUGGUGGCGGUAAUGGUGCAGGGGUGAAUGCCAAUCAUCAAAUGCACCAAACACUGCCGUCCAUAAACGAAGUGCAAUGGAAUACGCACGGAGGCGGCGGACUGUCCUGAGUGAUGGUUGCACAAACUCAAUGGCCAACGGCGUCAGCGGCAGCAGUGCAGUUGCAUUAUUGUUGGCAAGUGUGGACGAUGGUGUAGCUCUGAUGGUGAGAAGGGCGUAGUGGAGUGCAUAAAUGCUUAUGCUUGAAAAAAAAUAGUAAAUUAACUACGAUGAUUCGAUGAUUAUUUUGUGAGUUUCAAUGAUUUUUUUUUCGUUUUUU